CAUAUGUUUUAAAAAUGAAAAUUUCUUAUUUAUUUAUUUAUUAUUAUUUUUUUAUGAUGUAAACAUUUACCAUGUAAGGACAUUCCUCAAGAAACCAAAACGCAAUUUGGAGCAAUGAAGAAUUGUUGUGGAAAUGGAUCUAAAACUUAGGGUUUCUCUUUCUAUACUUGCCACAUUCCUAAAAACAAUCUAAGCUCAUUCAAUCUCAGAUUCUGCUAGAGAAAGUUGUAUGUGGUUGCUUCCUCCUCCAAGAGUUAAAGGCCUCUGAACAUGGUGGCAUUGCGCAAUAGUUUGAUAUGGCCAUUCUUGAUGAUAAUGGUACUUCAUGGUAUGGCCAUUUUCCUGUUCACAAGAGGAUUUCUCCUCACUCGCACGGAGCUUCCGCAUUUCAGCACUUGCUCUGACAUCUCCGACUCUCCAUGUGUUUCUCCUUCUUCCUAUUCUUCAAAUCUCAACCAAACCCAUCUACAUCAACUCCAAUGUUGGACUAGGCCUGUUGUUGAUCGUCUUGUUAUCAUUGUCCUUGAUGCACUGAGGUUUGAUUUUGUUGCUCCCAGUGCCUGCUUUGAAGAGAAGAAACCAUGGAUGGACAAGCUACAAGUGUUACAGAAACUGGCAUCUACACAAGGAUCAUCGGCUAAUUUCAAAGCCAUUUCAGAUCCACCUACAACCAGUUUGCAACGUUUGAAGGGUUUGACAACUGGUGGACUUCCAACUUAUGAUGUUGGGAAUAGCUUUGGUGCUCCUGCUAUUGUUGAAGAUAACUUAAUUUAUCAGUUGGUUCAAAAUGGAAAGCGAGUUGUGAUGAUGGGGGAUGAUACAUGGUUGCAGUUGUUUCCUCAUCAUUUUGAAAAAUCUUACCCUUUCCCUUUUAAUGUUAAAGAUCUUCAUACGGUGGACAAUGGAUGCAUUGACCAUUUGCUUCCAUCCUUGUAUCAAGAAGAUUGGGAUGUUCUUAUUGCACAUUUCCUUGGUGUGGAUCAUGCUGGGCAUAUAUUUGGCGUUGACUCCACAAUGAUUGAAAAGUUGGAGCAAUAUAAUGGUGUUUUAGAGAAUAUAAUAGAAGUGCUGGAGAGCCAAUCUGGACCAGGUGGCUUACAUGAGAAUACUUUUCUUCUUGUUAUGGGUGAUCAUGGACAAACCAUAAAUGGUGAUCAUGGUGGAGGAACUGCUGAAGAGGUUGAAACGUAUUUUGCCAUGAGUUUGAAGACGACUCCAUCUUCUUUGCCUCUUGAACUUAAUACAUCAUGUUGUGAACUACAUUUGGACAAAGAGAACAUGUGCAUCAACUCCAUCCAACAGCUUGAUUUUGCAGUGACUGUAUCUGCAAUGCUUGGUAUUCCCUUUCCUUUCGGAAGCAUUGGCCGUGUUAAUUCUGAGCUAUAUGCUUUAGGGUCUGGUACAUGGAAUUUGGAAAGCAUUAAUGUGGGGAAUCGUCAAACUCAAUUGGAUAUGCAAUCGUGGAUGCGCGAUUAUGUCAAUGUACUUUGCAUCAAUUCUUGGCAGGUGAAAAGAUACAUUGAUGUCUAUUCAGCUUCAUCAAUUAUUGGAUUUUCUUCAGAAGACAUAAUGCGUAUAACAGACAUAUAUGCUCAGGCAGAGGAGAGUUGGUUGCAUACUAUUAAGAAUUUGUUAUUAGAUAAAAAUGAAAGCUGUAAUACAAUGUUACCCAUCAAGAGGCAAAUUGAUGCAUAUUCUAAUUUUCUAGCAAGUGUUGCUGAGCUAGCUCGCUCCAAAUGGACUGAGUUCGAUUUAAAGAUGAUGGGUGUUGGCCUUGGCAUAAUGUUAAUAACACUUGUUAUCCAAUUUCUUGGUAUCAAGAGGAUGAACAAAACACGUGGAGUUAACUUUCCUUCCCCAGGAGAUUCUUGGACUUCCUUUGGUUUGAUCUUUUCCAUUUUUAUAGUGAUGAUACGUGCAUGCAGUUUCCUUUCAAAUAGUUAUAUCUUGGAAGAAGGAAAAGUGGCAAGUUUUCUUUUGGCCACAACUGGCAUUCUCAAAUUCCGCAAUUCAAUCUUGAAAAAGAAGAUGCUAUUGGAAGCUGUUGUAUUUCUUUUGUUAGUCUUCAUUUUCAGAUUAACUAUUGAACUUGGGCUAUCAAAGCAGGCUUUCAAUUCUGGGUUUACAAACAUACCUCUUUGGAUGUAUAUAGCUGAGAUUGUGCCAAUGCUAGCUCUAGUUUUAUUGGCAUACUUUCUCUACAAGAGCAUUGAUGACACUGCUUGUGUGGGGUUAUUGAAGUUUGUCAUCGCAGUAACCAUUUUAAGUUACUUGCUCAUAGCAGUGCAUUGGACCAUGGAAAGUAACCUAGUUGGCACACCUUUGAUGCUUCAAGGCACUGGAAAAGGUUUAAUUCCUCGGAUAAUUUAUGCUAUUGGAAUUGGACAACUAUUAAUCCUAGCACUUGGUAGGCUGUUUGGCAAAGAGAAAGCUUUGGAUUCCAAAAAAGGCUUGAUUCUUAAAGUAGUGGCCAUGUUGUCUGCAUGGAGUUCAACAGUCAUCAUCGUGUCGGGAAAACAAGGUCCACUGGUUGCUCUAGCAUCAAUAGUUGGAGGUUGGUGCAUAAUGAGGUUGGAGAACUUGGAACAUGAAUCUAGGGAUGGUUCAGUUGGAGUUCUAAAUUUGUCUCCUCUUCCUGUAACACAAUGGAGUCUUUUAGCUGUGAGUCUGUUUUUCUGCACUGGGCACUGGUGUGCCUUUGAUGGCCUUCGAUAUGGAGCUGCAUUUAUUGGGUUCGAUGAUUUCAUCCUUAUCCGACAAGCAAUCCUUCUUACUAUUGAUACAUUUGGCUUUUCUCUUCUUCUACCCAUUUUUGGGCUUCCCUUUCUUGUUGCACACCAAUAUCCAUCUGUUCAGAGUAACCAAAGAAAAGCAUUCAUAUUUGCGCGGUUGUCUCAAGCAUAUAUGAUUUAUGGACUUAUUACAGCAACUACAGUUACAUUCACAAUCAUAUGUGUCACAAUUCAAAGACGGCAUUUGAUGGUGUGGGGUUUAUUUGCUCCAAAAUUUGUUUUUGAUGUGGUGGGCCUGAUCCUUUCAGAUUUCGUAAUUGUUUUAGUAUCCCUUUACUAUUUUGGUUGAGUGGAGGAUGACAAGAUGAUAGAACUCCUCAAACAUGAACAUCAGAGCCCAUCCCAGAAGGUGUUUUGUUUUCUUUUUUUUUCUCAGGAAAAAAUUUUGUUGGAUGCUCAUUUGCAAAAUUACAGGGCAGAAAAUCAUCAGUGAUGUUUCAUGAAUUUUUUGGUCAAUAUCAUUGAGCUCAUGCUAUAAGUUACUUGGUUCCAAAAGUAACCAAUAUUUGAAGUGUUUUUAGUUUAUUGUUUUUGGGAAAAUCACCUAUGAAGUAUUUCCCCAAUAAAUAUUUCAAAUAAUUUUUCAA